AUGGCGAACAAUAUCGGUGAAAUUAACAAUAUUUGUCGGUUCUGUUUGUGCGACGACAAUGAGGUUCUAGUUCCCAUGUCCUGCAUAACAGAUUCUUCAUUAACUGAGGAAGAUGUAGAACGAUUUACCGGCCUUGAGUUGUUCGGAGAAGAAAAAGUAUGCUACACGAUUUGUGUCGAUUGCACUAAUAAGCUGAAAAAGUGCGCCUUGUUUCGCACGCUAUGCUUAAGCAAUGAUGCUCAAUUUAAGCUGAUAUUUGCGGUACGUAUUGAGAGCAAUGGAAUUGAAUGUUUCACCACAGGAAAAGACAGUGCAACUGUCGAAUCGGCGGUGGAACAGAAUGAAUCUUCAGUAGAAUUCGAGAUGGUGGAAAUAAAAAAUGUUCAAAAAAUUGAAGAAUCGACGAUCGUUGAAAAUGACAAAGAAUCCAAGUUGAACGCUACAUCUGCAGAUCCGCCGGUUGCCGAUGGAUUCGAGGUAAAAAGUGAACAUCAUAGCGAUGUGCAAACGGAUAGUGCGGUCAUCAAUACCCUUGAAGAGGACGAUGACGAUACCAAAAGCAUCAGCCAAAGCACCGAGGAAGAAGAAGAAGUACAAGGGAAGGAUUCUUCGCGAAAGCUGCUAAAAAGUACAGCUCCGGAUAUCUCAAACACCACAGGAUCAAAGACAGGUCGUGCAUAUACGCGUUGUAAUAUCUGCGGGAAGACAGUAUUAUAUAUUAAAACCCAUUUGCGAUCUCAUGCGAAUGAUGAGAAAUUCGCUUGCCCUUACUGUCCACACAAAACGCGUUACCAGAAACAUUUAAAUACCCACAUCAGGACGGAUCAUCGGAAGGAAGUUAGCAAAACGUGUGAAAUAUGCGGGAUAGAUUUUUUCAGUCAGAUAACCUAUACCAAACAUAUGACAUUCAAACACGGAGCGGGUGAAUAUGAAUGUGAAACAUGUUCGAAGAAGUUCACACACAGAAGACUUUACAAUAUCCAUUUACGGCGUGCCCACAGGAAGGAUCGACCAAAGAGACCGAAGAAACUUUGUGUCAUUUGUGGCGCCCGUGUGACAUAUAUUUCAAGGCACAUACAAAGUCAUACGCAAGAAAAAAAGUUUCCCUGUCCCCACUGCUCGAUCGAAAUGGUAGAUUCCGGAAAUUUGGCACGUCACGUACAAUCGGUGCACUUGAAGAAGUCCGUGAAAUCGUGCGAGAUAUGUAACAUAGGAUUCAAGUAUGAUGUCUCUUACAAAUCUCACAUGCUCAGAGAACAUGGUAUCGGUAACACGUUCGAUUGUAAACAGUGUCCAAGAAAGUUCAACCACCGAAGUGGAUUGGAAAGCCACGUAGCACGGGCGCACAGUAAUCUGCGAAAAUUUGCAUGCAAAACAUGUGGAAUGGAGUUCAAAAUUGGGAGCCACCUGCAAAGGCAUCAGACGGUUCACUCAACAGAACAACCUUAUGCGUGCAGUCAGUGUCCUAAACGGUUUAAGAGCAAAAAUUCUCGGAGGACGCAUCAACUGACCCACACCGGUAUUGUUUUUUCAUGCAAACACUGUGACAAGUCCUAUCGGUACAAAAGUGUGCUUGAUACGCACAUCCGCCAGAAACAUCCGGAAACAAUGACGGUCGAUACGUAA